GGCGCGUGGCCUGCCGGGAGCGGGCUGGGAGGUGGCGGCCCGGCCCAAUGGGUGCGAGCUCCCGAGGAGAGGGCGGAGGAGAAGAGGAAGCAAGCGGGCUGCGGGCCGCGUCCCCAUUCAUUGCAGUGACCUGCUGAGUUGUGGCCCAGUGUUUCCGGAGUCAUGGAGGCGCUGAUCCCUGUCAUCAAUAAACUGCAGGACGUCUUCAACACGGUGGGCGCCGACAUCAUCCAGCUGCCUCAGAUCGUCGUAGUGGGAACGCAGAGCAGUGGAAAGAGCUCAGUGCUGGAAAGCCUAGUGGGGAGGGACCUUCUUCCCAGAGGGACUGGUGUGGUCACCCGAAGACCUCUCAUUCUGCAGCUGGUCCAUGUUUCACCAGAAGAUAAAAGAAAAACAACAGGAGAAGAAAAUGGAGUUGAAGCAGAAGAAUGGGGUAAAUUUCUUCACACCAAAAACAAGCUUUACACAGAUUUUGAUGAAAUUCGACAAGAAAUUGAAAAUGAAACGGAAAGAAUUUCAGGAAAUAAUAAGGGAGUAAGCCCUGAGCCAAUCCAUCUCAAGGUUUUCUCGCCCAAUGUUGUCAACCUGACCCUUGUGGAUUUGCCGGGAAUGACCAAAGUCCCUGUAGGUGACCAACCCAAGGAUAUUGAGCUUCAAAUCAGAGAACUUAUUCUUCGGUUCAUCAGUAAUCCCAAUUCCAUUAUCCUUGCUGUCACUGCUGCAAAUACAGAUAUGGCAACAUCUGAGGCACUCAAGAUUUCCAGAGAGGUAGAUCCAGAUGGGCGCAGAACUCUAGCCGUAAUCACCAAACUUGAUCUCAUGGAUGCGGGUACUGAUGCCAUGGAUGUACUGAUGGGCAGGGUUAUUCCAGUCAAGCUUGGAAUAAUUGGAGUAGUUAACAGGAGCCAACUUGAUAUUAACAAUAAGAAGAGUGUAACUGAUUCAAUUCGUGAUGAAUAUGCUUUUCUUCAAAAGAAGUACCCAUCUCUGGCCAACAGAAAUGGAACAAAGUAUCUUGCUAGGACCCUGAAUAGGUUACUUAUGCAUCAUAUCAGAGAUUGUUUACCAGAGCUAAAAACAAGAAUAAAUGUCUUAGCUGCUCAGUAUCAGUCUCUUCUAAAUAGCUAUGGUGAACCCGUGGAUGAUAAAAGUGCUACUUUACUCCAACUUAUUACCAAAUUUGCCACAGAGUAUUGUAACACGAUUGAAGGAACUGCAAAGUACAUCGAAACUUCUGAGCUAUGCGGUGGUGCUAGGAUUUGUUAUAUUUUCCAUGAGACUUUUGGGCGAACCUUAGAAUCUGUUGAUCCACUAGGUGGCCUUAACACUAUUGACAUCUUGACUGCCAUUAGAAAUGCUACUGGCCCCCGUCCUGCUUUAUUUGUGCCUGAAGUUUCAUUUGAGUUACUGGUCAAACGUCAGAUUAAGCGUCUAGAAGAGCCCAGCCUCCGGUGUGUGGAACUGGUCCAUGAGGAGAUGCAGAGGAUCAUUCAGCACUGUAGCAAUUACAGCACACAGGAAUUGUUACGGUUCCCUAAACUUCAUGAUGCCAUAGUUGAAGUAGUGACUUGUCUUCUUCGUAAAAGGUUGCCUGUGACAAAUGAAAUGGUACAUAACUUAGUGGCAAUUGAGCUAGCAUAUAUCAACACAAAGCACCCUGACUUUGCUGACGCCUGUGGGCUAAUGAACAAUAACAUAGAGGAACAAAGAAGAAACAGGCUAGCAAGAGAACUACCUUCAGCUGUAUCACGAGACAAGUUAAUUCAGGACAACAGAAGAGAAACUAAAAAUGUCGCAUCUGCAGGUGGUGGGAUUGGAGACGGAGGUCAGGAACCAACAACAGGCAACUGGAGAGGAAUGCUGAAAACUUCAAAAGCUGAAGAAUUACUUGCUGAAGAAAAAUCAAAACCAAUCCCAAUUAUGCCAGCAAGUCCACAAAAAGGCCAUGCUGUCAAUUUGCUAGAUGUGCCAGUUCCAGUUGCCCGAAAACUGUCUGCCCGAGAACAACGAGAUUGUGAGGUGAUUGAGAGACUCAUCAAGUCGUAUUUUCUAAUUGUCAGAAAGAAUAUUCAAGACAGUGUCCCAAAGGCAGUAAUGCAUUUUUUGGUUAAUCAUGUGAAAGAUACUCUUCAGAGUGAAUUAGUUGGGCAGCUGUAUAAGUCAUCCUUAUUAGAUGACCUUCUGACUGAAUCUGAGGACAUGGCACAGCGAAGAAAAGAAGCAGCUGAUAUGCUGAAGGCAUUACAAGGAGCCAGUCAAAUUAUUGCUGAAAUCCGAGAGACUCAUCUUUGGUGAACAGAGCUGUUUGAUAUCCACACUUUGCUGACUUGAACCUGCUAGCUACUGCCUACCUGAGUAGAAGUUUAUUUAUGAACUUUUGUGUAUUGUAGUGUAUGAAUUUGCUUAUGUGAAGACUGGCUAUAAGCUGAAAAGUAUAUUAUUCAUUACAAAACAAAUCACAUGUUUAAUUCACAUUUUUCAAGUUUCCUAUACUGUAUAUCAAGUCUGUCUGUUUCAGUCAAACUUACAAGAACAAUUGAUGUUCUAGUUGUACAAAGCAAUUUGCCUGUGCAUAUGAUGACCCACAUAACCUUUUUUUAGUCUUAAAGCUGCAGCCAUAGUCCUCAGAAAGGAAGCUCCAGGACAUUUCAUGACUACAAUGCAUGCACUAGAGAUGGAGCCUGACAAGUUCCUCACAUAAUCAAUGUAUCCACCUAGCCUUCAUUUUUAUAGUCUUAAAAACAAACAAAACUAUAACUUUUGCAGUUUUAAGAAAUAUAUAAGAUCUGAAAGACUCUUAAAGAUGUAGGAACAGACUGUGUAAUUAAUGGCUCCUGAGUCUACACUGACCUGGUGUACUAGAAAUUAAAAUAUACUUUGAUUCAAAAUAAGCCUGAAGAUAUGAAUUGACUUUCUGCAUUGACAACAACUAUUGGGAACUUUCUUACUAACAAUGGCUAGUCCUGUUAGUCUCUAAAAGAUCCAAUGAUAACCUAAAUUUCCCUUAUUUACAAAUACAGCAAUUACAAUCCAGAUACACCCUUAAAGUGGGACACUUACAUUGGGCUCCAAGACUCACAGUUAAGUGGGACCUAAAAUUCUAGUCUGUAUCCACUGGUAAUAGCUACUUUAGUUCCAUGCCAACAGAAUACAUUAGACUAAUGGUAUGAAAAUACUAGUGGACCUUUGUUAAAGAAAAAUACCUGGACAUACACCUAUGGACAUACACCUUAUGGACUACUAAACUGUAUUCAAGGGUUGAGGGUGAUGUUUACAACCUAUUUUGUGAAAACUGCCUGUUCAACUCAGGUUGUAACCUAAGCAUUAAAAAAUUUUCUGACCUAGCUGGGCGGUUGGUGGUGCACCCCUUUAAUCCCAUCACUUGGGAGGCAAAGGCAGGUGGUUCAAGGCCAGCUUGUUCUACAGAGUUGAGUUCCAAGACAACCAGAACUACACAGAGAAACCCUAUCUUGAGCCCCCUCCCAAAAAAUCUGAAACCUAAGUAGAAAUCUUCGAUUUAUCUAGUUGUCUCUGACCAAGUGAUACAUUCAUGUUAUAAAUAUUAAAAUUCUUUUCAGGUUAUGGUCAGGCAUCUUAUAAAACACAUAAACAAAGAAACAGAAACAAAUACAGAAACAAAGAAACAGAAACAAAGAAACAAAGAAAACAGAACAUGUUAUCUUUAGUUUAUGAUGCCCACUGAACAAUCUCAAAAACAUAAAGGCAGUCUGAUACAGUGAGUACACACUGCCUAAAUGUGUGAGCAUUCUUAAAAAAAAAAUAUCUUGUUAAUCCAACUAUUAGGUAUCCAUGAUUUAUUUUUUAAGAGAGAUAACUACCACUGUAGCCUUUUGAAUUUGUAAGGAGAAAGAAAUGCACCUUUAUCCAACAUUUCAGACGAUUUUAAAUGGACGAUGUUAGCUUUAAAAACAUGCUAUGAUAAUGUACUUGUUAGCACGACACACUUUGUACAAAGAAAAACAAGCAAGAAAUGUAGGGAAAGGGGAAGCUUCCUUUGUGUGCUUUUACACUGAGUUGUGUUCUGAAACAUGGAGAUAAUUUCUGGUAUAUUUAUAAGACCACUGUAUGUUCUAUGUAAAUAAAAAUGCUGGUGUGAAAUGGCAUUAAAGUUUGCCAAUAAGUGAAUUCUUCCUGACUUGCCUCAAAAAAAAGUUUAAAUAACUGCAUCUUUACAAUAUCUAAAUCUACUUUAUAAUGUAACAAUUUACUGUACCAAAAGUUUGAUGCCAUUUUUCCUAUUAGGUAAUCACCAUCAAGGCCUUGUUGUAACAAGACAUCUCCAUGUCUACAGAUGAAGACAGAAACUUCUUCCAAGUAAUCCAAGGAUGAAUGCUCAGAAUGGGAACAUUACACUUUUCUCCAAGACAUCCAGAAGCUGAUCAACAGUUUAUGUUUCACCCCUAUGUACAUUGGGGUGGUACUAUCUUGAUUUUUACAGAAACCAUUUUGGAGAAUUAACUUGACUCGUGUAUACAAACCUGAACUAGUUUGACCUUAAAACUUCCUAUAUCUUUGCUGUUCUUAAUGACUGCAUACUUUUGGUUUCUUAAAACAUCUGCCGUAGAGCCAGGCGGUGGUGGUGUACGCCUUUAAUCCCAGCACUUGGGAGGCAGAGGCAGGCGGAUUUCUGAGUUUGAGGCCAGCCUGGUCUACAGAGUGAGUUCCAGGACAGCCAGGGCUACACAGAGAAACCCUGUCUCAAAAAAACAAAAAAAUAUAAAAUAAAAAUCUGCUGGAGGAAUCCAUUGACAGAAAUGGGCAAUUAUAAGUAAAUGAAUUAUUGAAACACAGACAAGGAAGUGGAAAACUAAACUACAAAUGAAGUCUGGUACUGAUUGGUGUUUUGUUUGAGAAAAAAACUAUUUUGUACUACAGUUUCUAUUGGGAACUACUGCCACAUCUAACUCCUUUUUAAGAAUUCUGUUUGCUUAUUAGCAUCAAUCAGAAGUUUAAAUUUGUAACAGAUUUCUCACAUCUCAACAAACAUUAGAAGCUUGGCUAGUUCUUAGAGCUACGUAACACUACUACAGUUAGUUAAGUGCUCUGCACCUUACCUACUGUGUAACUAUACUAUAGUCGUUUCCACUGCACCAGUCCUUCAGCCCAACGAGCAAGAAGAAUCAUUCUUGCAUAAAGAAAUGAACUAUAAUUAAAUAACACUUUAUUUUUGAAAUGCA